CAGCAACCAUCAGUCCUGUGUUCCAAUGGCAUGUUGUUUUAGCUAAUCCAAGUUUAUCAUUUUAAAAGGUUAAUUGAUUAUUGCGUCUUCCCGAAACAUGACCCGCCAAACCGCACUUCUUAACACCCACCCGCCAGCCACACCAAUGUAUCGGAGGAAACACUGUUCAACUGACUACCGGGUCAGCCUGCAGGCACCAGGCCUGCCACAACGAAUCGCUAGAGUGCAGUGAGCUUAGUAAAGCCCCCCCCGGCCAAACCCUCCCCUAAUCCGAUCACGGCCGGGUUGUGAUACAGCCUGGGAUCAAACCCGGGUCUGUAGUGACGCCUCUAGCACGGCAAUGCAGUGCCUUAGACUACGGCGCAACUCGGGAGGCCUUAUAUAUAUAUUGUGUGUGUGUGUGUGUGUGUGUUUGGUAUGUGGACAUUAGGACUUGGUUAGUAAAUAUACAAAUGUAGUAUUACAGUAAAUGUGUACAGAAAAUAAGUCGGCACACCCUGAUGUCCUCUACAUUAGACAUUUAUAAACAAGCUCUUAUUUAAUGUGAAGAAAUUAUAAAACUUUUUGAAAACACCCCAAGCUAUUCCUGAGAUACUUCCUUAGUAAAAACUAUUUUAAUUUCAAACUCACAAAAAUUGUAAUUACACACACACAACUUCGUUUUACCAUAAAAUGUGGUAAUUGUGAUUGGCAGCCAAUUUGAAGAACCAGUUAGCAAAUUCACACGCCGAAACACGUGAUAUCAUUGAAAAGCCCUGACACUCUCAAAUGUGCAACAGGACUGAACAAAGUUUUUUAAUUUUUUUUAAGUAUGACGUCAAUGAUACGGACCAAUAAAUAAUGUUCAUUGGUGUGGACAAAAAUGAGUUGCUGGGUCUCAGUAAAUGAGACAUAUCGUGGGGAACUUUUAUUUUGAAGUUGUGUUACACAUGGGCUUUUAAACACGGCUCGUGCAAUCCAGUAUCCUUGGAAGGUCCCUACUUUAAAACACAGCUAUAACAAACAUAUUUGCUAUCUUUGCUAAAACCCUAACCUUAAACCCAAAUCCUUACCUCAUUUUCAAAUUCAAUGGUGUUGGGACGUCCCAACCAGCCUAAAUAGUACCUUCCUCACCCAAGUUGUCAUGGUGACGACGUGUGUUUGAGAAAGGGGACACGGACUUGUAGCAAGAGCAUCAGGCUACAGCACAAACAACGUACCAACAACAAUGUCCAGAUAUUAAGAUUGUUCAUCAAAAUAAUACUAGCUAGCUAACCUAAAGCUCAGGAUGGAUAACUCUCCUGAGGUUUUAAACUUCUCAGCGCUGGAGCGGGAGUUGCAGUCUGCUGUAGAAGCAGACAAGAAAUAUCAAAGAGAAAAUGAUGCAAAGUUCCGUGCUCUACACCAGAAGGUCGGAACGUAUGAGGAGUUUAGGGACAUAGUCCUGGCAUCCAACCUGAAACCACUGGACAGGAAGGAUAAAGCUGGAGCUCCUCGCAAACAGCCAUGGAAUGCUCUCGCCUCCACUGACAAAGGGCAGAACCAGACUAGCUGUGAUGAAAUAGGCCUAAAGCCUCAGUUGUCCGAGUUCCAGCCCAGGACAGCAUCAGAGUUCAGCCGGGACUGGCGCAGGUUCGGCAGUGAAAACCCAGAAGAUAAAUACAGCCUCCUGCUCUCCCUAGGUGGAGAGGGCCUUCGGAACAUCUUCAGGGCUGAGGUGGGGUUCGGACUAUUGGGGGAAUUUCUUGUGUUCCUUUCCAGUGGUCUCCAGCCUGGGGAUGAGGCCAUGGUGAUAGGGAUCCUGGAGGGGCUGUCCAAGACCCCCAGGUUUGGCCUCAAUGUGUGCCUCCUGAGCCGGGCUGAGAGAGAGGCAUGUGGAGAUCUGUUUCAGAACCUGAGGAAAACAUCAGCAGUGGGGAAUAGCAGUGUCAAAGGAUCCAAAGGGGAUGUCAUUGUCCAUGGAAGUAAUGUGGAAGAGAUUAAAGAGACACAAGAUGCUGAGCCAGAGACUCUGUUUCCAGGACAGACCAGCGAGGCUGCCGGAAGAAGCAGUGAUACUGAGACUUUAAAUGGUAUAAUGCAGUUGUAUGGGGUACAAACGGUCUCUCCUCCUCAGUAA